CCCAUGCCUGGGAAGUCCCACCCUUUAAGACCCUUGAGAGCUGCACAGGGCUUUGGCGACUUUGAUAAAAUUGAUGUGUAUCAGUCGAGUGAGUUGGUGUAUGUGAGAGGUCUAAGGAGAUACGAGGACAAGGAGGAGGAGAAGGCGGAGUACCUGUGUAUUGCGAGGCAGGCUGCACAUGUCAGCUCGAGGCCCCUUGUAUAUGCUACUGAUACCGAUAUAAGGACCUCGUCGGACAAACGACUUGCUAGUGACAUACGGGCAGUGGUGGGGUUAAUCCAACUUCUUCAAGGAUACUAUCUAGUGGUUGUCUCGGAGGCCCGACCAGUGGGGUGGAUCGGUGGUCGAGGCUGUCACCAAGUGUGGAGUACUGAGAAGACUAUAUUGAUACCAUUGAAGAGUAGUAGUAACAACCAUGACAACAACAACAACCAGCAGCAGCAGCAGUAUUCUAUUGGUGGUGGGGGUAGUAGUAGUAGUACUAAUACGGGUUCUAUACUACAUCAACGUCAGCUGGCUAAGGAUGAGCGUAGGCUUAUCGAUUGGAUCCAGGAUAUGCAGGCGGGUAGAGGCUACUACUUUUGUCAUACAUACGAUAUCUCACGCAGUGCCCAGGCUAAUAUCGCGGAAUCUUCUCUGUCCCGUUUUGUGUGGAACUGGACGCACAGCGAAGGUUUCCGUAAUCAUUCUGACUGGCGAGUUCAGCAAUGGUAUGUACCCAUCAUCUACGGGUAUUUUGCGGCGCGCGAAAUAUCUUCUCUAUCUCGAGUACUGAGCAUAAUCCUCAUAGGUCGGCGGUCUCGCUUCUAUGCAGGGACUCGGUACAGGAAGCGAGGCAUUAACGCUGAUGGUGAUGCGGCUAAUGAGGUUGAGACAGAGCAGAUGCUUAUUGAUCUCUCUACUGGAGGGAUAGGUCGUCACCCUCUGAGUAGCUUUGUUCAAGUUCGCGGUAGUGUGCCUGUAUUUUGGAUGCAGGACCAGAACCAGUUGGGCCUGAUGAAGCCUAAGCCUCCAAUACGCUUUCACAGGACUGAUCGGAAUAAUACGGCUUCAAAAAGGCACUUCUCGGGGCUCUUUGGGAGGUAUGGCGGCCCAAUACUGGUGGUCAAUUUGAUGCGGCAUGCUGAGAGGAAGGGGGAAGAAGAGGAGGAGGAGGAGGUAGAAGAGAAGAAAAGUCCUUUUGAGGGGCGUCCGCCACGCUCGCUGUCCACUGUUGAGAAUGAACAGGAGUUUAUGCUGGGUUCUCGCUAUCAGCGUACGGUCACUGCCUUGAACGCUGACCUCCCACCACCACUGAAGAUACGAUACAUAGUCUUCGAUCUGAAGGCCUAUAGUAAAUACUUGGCUGGUCAGGCUAGGCUCAAGAGAGGCGUUCGGCAAGACUUGGUUGAUCAUCUAGGAAUAUUAUCAGAGUGGUUGGCCUUGUCUACAGGAUGGCUCUGUCUGGACACCAAGGGCGAAGGGGUUAGAAGGUUCCAAAGUGGCGUGGCGAGGGGUAGCUGUGUGGACUGCCUUGAUCGGACCAACGUCUUCCAAUACCACCUGGGGUAUGCAGUACUGUGCUUUCAGUUGAGGGAACAAGGCUUUAUAGGACUACCUGAGGCGGGAGAGCCGCCACCACUGAUGAUGAUGAGAGAGCUUACUCGUAUUUAUGAGGAAAUGGGAGAUCAAUUGGCGUGGCAAUAUGCUGGUAGUGAGGCUCAUAAGAAGUAUGCAUAUAUUAUUGGUUUAACUCGCUCCUUUCAAAGGGAUCAGCAACCCGCGGCCUUCAACGGCAGCAAUCAACGACUGACCCGCUUACCUUCUUAUCAAGACCGUCCUGAUUCCGAUUGGCCUGGCUUGGCAGCCCGCAGUAGGGAUCUUCUCAUAUCACUACAUCGCCAUUAUGCUAAUAAUGUAUCAGAUCAGGAGAAGCAGCAUGCUGUGAAUCUCUUCCUAGGUCUGUAUUCUCCUGUAGGGGCUCUGCCUAGGCCUUGGAGUAACGCCGACUGUGAUGUGGAUGCGUUUGUGCAUCAUAAGCCUCUUUGUGAUGAUCCUAUGGAUAGUCAUAUUGAAUGGUGGACUCUACCUUUACACACUUUCAAGAGGGCAGCGAACAUACACCUAGUUCAGGCUCCCGGCCACAACCCGCCGUGGUUUGAUUAUCUUCCAGAUGGUGGUCUUGGUAUUCAGCGGGAAGAGGCUGCAGGGGCGACUGGACGUACUUUUGAUGAUGUCUAUGAUGUUGCGACUCUCUCCAGAUUUGACGACUUGCACCCUCCAUUGCGCUCUUGCUCCUUUAUCGACGUCGUGCCCAGGGGGACUGUUACUGGGAUCCGUCGGGAAGACGAUGCACGCACAGAGAAGGAUAUCUUAGGCUCGGAUGCACUGCAUACCAUCACACUGACUCCAUUCCAGGCUGGGGUAACUGUCAACGAUCAUCGCUGCGAAGAAGAGCUGCUGCAAGCUGCAGUGAGGUUGGAUACUGGGAAUCGUAGUGCAAGGGAAGUUGAGGAGAUCCUACUAGGUCGUAUGGUGGAUGAGGAUCCCCUUGAGGAAGGGUGUUUAGACAGACAAGCUUAUGAGGAGUACUGUGACCUAGGCAAGCUGAGCAGGAUGGUGAAUGCAUUCCUGCUAGCCCCUCCGGGUGAGAAGGAGGCUCUAGUUGAGCAUUGGUGUAUGGAUGAGGACGUCGGUAGAGUUAUGGCCAUACCACGGCGUCAAGGUGAGAUCGAAGACGCUCUGCCGGAAGUAACCAGUGAUAUGAGGAUAUUGCGCGAUAUGAUCGCUGCAGAGACGACUGCACCCAACAAGCCGAUUGAUUCCUGAGUAUUUCAGAAUCAAGACUGGUACCAGAAAUAUCAUAUCAUCAUCAUGUGAAAUACGAUAAUACGGGA